AUGCUAGUGCGCUCCAUCGUCAAGACUGCGGGCUGGCUCGGCGGGCCGCUGCUCCAAGCCUGCCUGCUCAUGAGCUGCGCCGGCUACCUCACGCUCAACUACGUCGGGUCGAUCGCCGCCUUUAGCCUCAAGGACUUUGCCUUUGUCGGCGUCGUCGGCGCCUCUGUCUUGAUCCAUCGGCUCCGCCUCAAGUCGUACAUCGAGCACGACCCGACCGUGCGUCUCCUCGAGACAACCACGCCUGCCCACGAUCUCGACUCGCUUGAGUACUACCAAGGCGCCCGUGUGCGCUUGGGCGAAGACGAAGUCAUCGCCGUCCUCUUCUUCGGCACGUGGUGCAAGUCGUCGCGCAUUGCGCUGCGCGAGUUCCAGAAGGUAUUCGAUCAGUACGGCGGCGCAGUCAAGUUCGUGGCGGUCACGCAGGAGGACAAGACCGAGCUGGACAACUACGGGGCCCAUGGCACGAAGGCGAGCUAUUACACGCCGCUGGCAGAUUUUCGGUUUGGGAUUGCGACCGAGACGGGCGCGCUCACCAAGGGCUACCAGCUUGCCCACGGAAUCUCGACCGUGCCUCACGUGUACUUGAUUGGGCGCGACGACACGAUCUUCUGGCACGGCCACCCGCUGGGCAAAUUUGAGGCAAGCCGCGAAACCGCAGACGCGACCCGCCGGACGCUGGCCUAUAACUUUGCGGCGAAAGAGAAGGCGGCCUAG